GGGAGCGCGGAAGCGGGGGAGGGUCCCGGAGCCCGGGUCCCAUUCGCCGCGAGCGCUCCGAGCCUGCGUCCGCGGAGGCGGGGAGGGCUGGCCCGGCGGCACGGCCCGCAGCGGCGGCGGCGGCGCUCCGGGCUCUCAGCGCACACACACGCCCUCUGUCCCGGGAGCGGGGAUCGGAGCUGCCGGAAGUGUGGUGCGGGCCGGAGGCAACUUUCCUGCUCCCGCCGCGGCCCGGAGCCUCCCGCCUCGCUGCAGCAGCGACCAUGCGCCGCCAGGGCGACACCCUGAGCGGACCCGCGCCUCGGCCCACCCCCGGCGCCGCCCGCGCCCGCCUCGCCCCUGGUGCGCACUGAGUCUCCCCUCUGCCCCCCGCGAUCGCGCGCCACGGGAGCCCGGCGCCCACGGCGGGGCGCGCGGGGCCCGCUUCCUCCGCGCAGUCCCCCCGCGUCCCGGCGCGGCCCCCGCCCGGCCCGCCGGCCCCGUCCGGUCCCCCGCGGCCGCGGGCAGCGCCGGGGCCAUGGGGCUGCCCACCCUGGAGUUCAGCGACUCCUACUUGGACAGCCCGGACUUCAGGGAGCGCCUGCAGUGCCACGAGAUCGAGCUGGAGCGGACCAACAAGUUCAUCAAAGAGCUGAUCAAGGACGGCUCCCUGCUCAUCGGGGCGCUGCGGAAUCUGUCUAUGGCCGUACAGAAAUUUUCCCAGUCACUGCAAGACUUCCAGUUUGAAUGUAUUGGUGAUGCUGAAACAGAUGAUGAAAUUAGUAUUGAAACCACCCGCAAGCCAGGACUGGAACAGCUGGGGAGGUUGUGUGCUUCAGCUCAGUCGCUAAAAGAAUUUGCAAGACUACUCAUCACAGUAGAAGAAGAAAGGAGACGACUGAUUCAAAACGCUAAUGAUGUAUUAAUUGCUCCGCUUGAGAAAUUUCGAAAAGAACAGAUAGGCGCAGCAAAAGAUGGGAAGAAGAAGUUUGACAAGGAGAGUGAAAAAUACUAUUCUAUUCUUGACAAACAUUUAAAUUUGUCUGCGAAGAAAAAGGAGUCUCAUUUGCAAGAGGCAGAUACACAAAUCGACCGAGAACAUCAGAACUUCUAUGAAGCAUCGCUGGAAUAUGUCUUUAAGAUUCAAGAAGUUCAAGAAAAGAAGAAGUUUGAGUUUGUCGAACCGCUUUUGUCGUUCCUUCAGGGCUUGUUUACUUUUUACCAUGAGGGAUAUGAACUCGCCCAGGAAUUUGCACCAUAUAAACAACAGCUGCAGUUCAACUUGCAGAAUACGAGGAACAAUUUUGAAAGUACUCGACAAGAGGUAGAGCGGUUGAUGCAAAGGAUGAAGUCUGCCAACCAAGAUUACAGGCCGCCCAGCCAGUGGACGAUGGAAGGCUACCUUUACGUCCAGGAGAAACGACCACUUGGUUUUACAUGGAUUAAGCAUUAUUGCACAUAUGAUAAAGGAAGCAAAACAUUUACAAUGAGUGUUUCAGAAAUGAAAUCCAGUGGGAAAAUGAACGGCCUUGUCACCAGCUCACCAGAAAUGUUUAAAUUAAAAUCUUGUAUCCGACGAAAGACAGAUUCAAUUGACAAACGGUUCUGCUUUGACAUAGAAGUAGUUGAAAGGCAUGGGAUCAUCACAUUGCAGGCCUUUUCAGAAGCAAAUCGGAAACUCUGGCUCGAAGCCAUGGAUGGGAAAGAACCAAUUUAUACCCUGCCUGCCAUUAUGAGCAAGAAAGAAGAAAUGUACUUAAAUGAAGCAGGGUUCAACUUCGUGAGAAAAUGCAUUCAAGCUGUGGAAACAAGAGGCAUCACAAUUUUAGGCCUAUACCGAAUAGGAGGAGUGAACUCCAAAGUUCAGAAACUCAUGAACACCACAUUUUCUCCCAAAUCCCCUCCCGAUAUGGACAUUGAUAUUGAACUAUGGGAUAACAAGACAAUAACAAGUGGACUGAAAAACUACCUCAGGUGCCUUGCCGAACCACUAAUGACUUACAAGUUGCACAAAGAUUUUAUUCUUGCUGUUAAAUCUGAUGACCAAAACUACCGGGUGGAGGCCGUACAUGCGUUGGUACACAAAUUACCAGAGAAAAACAGAGAGAUGCUGGACAUCUUAAUAAAGCACCUGGUCAAAGUAUCACUACAUAGCCAACAGAAUCUCAUGACUGUCUCAAACCUCGGUGUCAUAUUUGGCCCAACUCUUAUGAGAGCACAGGAAGAAACUGUGGCUGCUAUGAUGAAUAUUAAGUUUCAGAAUAUUGUCGUUGAAAUUCUGAUAGAGCACUAUGAAAAGAUCUUUCACACGGCCCCGGACCCCAGCAUCCCUCUUCCUCAGCCUCAGUCUCGGUCUGGGUCCCGAAGGACGCGAGCCAUCUGCCUCUCCACUGGCUCCCGGAAGCCCAGAGGGAGGUACACUCCGUGCUUGGCAGAGCCUGACAGCGACUCCUACAGCAGCAGCCCCGCCAGCACACCCAUGGGGAGCAUUGAGUCCCUCUCCUCUCACUCCUCGGAACAAAACAGCACGACCAAGUCCACCUCCUGCCAGCCCCGGGAGAAGUCCGGAGGGAUUCCCUGGAUCGCAUCCCCGUCACCUUCCAACGGACAGAAAAGUCUCGGUCUCUGGACAACCAGUCCUGAAUCCAGUUCUAGAGAAGAUGCAACCAAAACGGAUGCAGAAUCAGACUGCCAGAGCGUGGCCUCCGUCACCAGCCCCGGGGACGUUUCCCCGCGCAUAGACCUGGCCAAGAAAGGAUCUCUUGGGACUUCGGGGCAGAAAAGAGCCUCGGCUACGUUCCUCAGGUCCAUCGCUGCAGCUGAAGGAAACAAGAGCUACAGUGGUUCCACUCAAAGCUUAACGUCCAUCGGCUCCAAAGAGACGCCUAAAGGCCCGCCGAACCCAGACCUGCCCCCAAAGAUGUGCAGGAGGUUAAGGCUAGACACGGCCUCCAGCAAUGGCUACCAGAGGCCGGGCUCCAUUGUGGCAGCGAAAGCCCAACUGUUUGAAAAUGUUGGUUCGGUGAAGCCAGUUUCUUCUGGGCGCCAAGCCAAAGCCAUGUACUCCUGUCAGGCCGAGCACAGCCAUGAGCUCUCCUUCCCGCAGGGGGCGGUCUUUUCUAACGUGUACCCAUCGGUGGAACCAGGGUGGUUGAAGGCAACUUAUGAAGGCAAAACAGGACUAGUCCCAGAAAAUUAUGUUGUCUUCCUCUAAUACUGUUUAGUGGAUGGCAGUAUCUUCAUGGUAUCCAUGGUAACAAAUAAUACAUGCUAUGAUUUUAUCUGACACAGAUAUGGCAAUCAGCCCACUAAAUGAAAACAGACAAUUUCUAUCAAGUCCUACACCAGCAGGCUAUGUAGCUCCCUAUAAUGGAAAAGGAAAAAAAAAAUGUUCAAAUUGUUUGCCAUUCUUUUUUUUCUCUUUUUUUUUUUUCUGGUUUCUUAUCUUAAAAUAUCUUUCUUUUUUAUAAGUCUCCACGGUGACUCCAUAAUAAUUGAGAAUCUCAAAUAUUGUAUAAGCACUAUAUCCCAGAAAUUUGAAAACUAGAAAUUUGAUUUAAGGAUUUUGGGAUCUGCCCUUCACUGUCUGGCAUUCUCUGAGAAACCUUGAAAUUGUUACUUAAGAAUGUAAUGUAAAUUGCUCGUUUAUGGUUUUUUUCUUUAAAAAAAAUACUGCUUUUAUAUAUGAUUGUUUUGCUGGUCCUAAACAUUUCAAGGAUAUAUCUUGUUUUUUCAUGUAACUUUAUUUUUGUUUACCAAGUAAGAUGAUAAUACUCAAAAGCAACGAUGUAUAUAAUGCCUGUAAAUGAAGCCAAAAUAAGUCAGACACUGAGUCCAUUGGAAACACUCCAUCCAGCAUUCCAGACGCCUUCCAUAGGCUUUGAGGAGGGACGAGCAAACUAUUUCUGUGAAGGCCUGAUAGUGAAUUUCUUGUCUUUUGCAAGCUCUAUAGUCUCCAUCACAAUACAUAAUUGCCAUCGUAUGGCAGAAAGCAGCCAUAGACAAUAAGGAAACGGAUCAGUGUGGCUGUGAGCCGACACGGCUUUAUAUAUGGACCCUGCAACUUGACGAUCACAUAAUAACCAUGACACGAAAUAGUCCUCUCUGGCCAUUGUCAGCUACUGGUUCAUACAAAAACAGGCGGCAGGUCCUAUGUGACUCAUGGGUCAUGGUUUGCUGAGCCCUGGUUUAGAGGAUAUGUAAAACUAGCUUUAUUACUUGGGGAUUUCUAUGAAAUGUUACUUCAUUACAUAUAAAUACCAAUAAAUUAUAUGCACAUAGUAGCAUCAUAAUAGCAUCACAAAAGCAUCAUUACCGUAUGAGGAAGACAAUGUAAAAGUCUAGGCAUACAACUUGAAUUCUACUAGUAGCAUUAAAGUGUCAAAGAAUUCUGUUGACACCUAAUUUGGGCUAAUGAGAAAUUCUCUGCAAAUGAUCAAGAAAUUUUUAAGAUACUAGAAGAGAAGCUAUGCCUUCUAAAGUCUAUGCUUGAAACAAAAUGUAAGCAUAAAGGUACAAGGAUUCUUAAAUUAUUUUGAACCACAAAAUUUUAAAAUGGUUUUAUCAUUUUUAGCAGGAAUAACAUGUGUACAUGAUUUUUAAAAAUGCCAUUCAAUUUAUAGUCUUUAUUAGGAAUUUCACUGAAUUUAUAGAGCAUAGAAAUUUACUACCCAUUUAUAUAUGCUGUCAACAGCUGGUCACGCAUUUCUGUUAUUUCAAUAAUUCUAUUUCCGUAAUUCUGAUGUAUCAUUUCUAUAAAUACUUGCGUGUGGCAAAGAGCUUUUCUUCUCAAGAUUUCAAAAAGCUGGUUACCUGUCGUUUAACCACCACAGCGCGGGCCCACUGGGCUGUGUUUUACUUGUUACUUCAGAGUUCUCCACUGUACAGACACUCUCAGGUAUUGACUGUAUAAAACUCUUUUUAUGUGAUAUUAUAAUCUGUCAUCUCAGUCUCUUCUACUUUAAAUUAAUGUCUCUAGAGUUAAUAGAAUAUACACUCAACACAUACGCUUGUACGCACUAUGCCUUGGAGCAUGUAUGCCUUUAAAAUUAAAAAUGGAACACUAGAGUAGAAUUUAAACAUAGAGAGAAUAACAGUAGGUGGGGUCACGGCCAGAAAUAAAUAUCAGUGCGUUGGAAUGAAAAACUAUUUAAUGUUAUAAAAGUUAGUAAUAUAAUGAAAAAAAUCUGAUGUUUCUCUCUCUCUUACUCUUUUUUUUUUUUUUUUCUUUCCUCCUGCUGUUCAUUUUUUGUACACGAUAAUUGGGUGUUGCUAGAGCUUCUUGAUCUCUAGGCCCUUGGUGGCCUUGGUUAGUAAUAAUAGCUUUGCUGACACCCUGGACUACCCUCUGCUGGAACAGAAGGUUGUCUUUCCGAAGUACCUGCCAGUCCCUUAGUCUGUGCAGCGCUGUCACUGUGACCACCCCUGCCAUCGUCUGACAUCCUUCCCGAUUAGAACCUCUGAGAGGCAAAUUGAUUUUCUUUUCAAAGACCAACCUGACUCGAAAAAGAGAUUCAGAAUUCUACUUCACUUGCUGCUGCCUAAGGAAAUCUCACCCUUCACUGUAUUUUCACACGGACCAGAGUGUUCCUGCGUCUGAGUUGUCUGCGAGCUAAUUCCCCCAUGCUUGCUCGUUUGGGAAUUAGCCUUUGCUGUCUAGGAUGUGGCAUGAAGCUCUUUCUCCUGGUGAGGCAUGUCUGUGCCUUACAUGCUGUGGUCCUUUGUUU